AUGUCAUCUGCUGCUAAUCCUAGAGAAGCAGUGGUGCUUGAUGCAUCACUUGAUGUCCCCGAGGCAUCCUACGAACACCUCACUCCCCUUUCAGCCAACAACAUUCCAUCGCGCUCCCUAUCACCAGCCAUGUCUCCUCCCAGUCGAGGCACCUUGUUAUCCGACACCGAGCAUACGGUGAUUGACAAUGAGCGAGUCUUGAGGGGCGACUUGCAGAAGCCCUCGGCAGCAGAUUUCAACCCGGGCUACUCGAAAUGGCCCGUCCACCAAAUGGGUAACGCCGCAUCGAUUGGCUUGGCUGGGUUUGCCUUGUCUGCAUUCUUGGUGGGGCUCUACCUUGCUAAAGCCGGAGGUAUCACGGUGUUGAAUGUCAUUAUUGCCCCCGCUUUAUUUUACGGCGGCGUAGUCCAGUUUUUGGCGGGCGUUCUCGAAAUGAUCAAGGGCAACACCUUUGCCGGCACUGCCUUUGUCAGCUUUGGUGCAUUUUGGUUAUCGUUUGGCGCAUUGAUGGUGGACAGUUUUGGUAUUCUUGCCGCGUAUGGCGACGAUACCGAGCAAUAUGGCAAUGCCUUGGGGUUCUUUUUGUUGGGCUGGGGCAUUUUUUCCUUUCUCUUGCUCAUGCUCGUGUUGAAGCUGACCUGGCCCUUUAUUGGUCUCUUUGUCACUUUAACCAUGGGCUUUUUUAUGCUUGCUGCUGGCUUCAUGACCAACACUUUCAGAGUGAUAAGAGGCGGAGGCAUUUUGAUUCUCAUCAGCGCCUUGUUUGGCUGGUACUCAAACUUCUCGGGUGUCUCCACAAGACAAAACACCUAUUUGGUGUUCCCCACGGGUGCAGUGCCAGUAUCGCACAGGAAGGUGCCUAUCUACGCAUGA